GCUUGAUCCAGCGGUUUUGUUUACUGAGUUGUGAAUGAUGGGCAUAGCAAUUAUAUUCCCCUUCUUCCUUUUCUGCUUCGUGUUAUUUAUAGAAGCAAAGAAUAGUACUGAUGGAAAUACUCAAAUUUCCAGGAGGGAGAGUGUUGUUUAUCCAGACUACAUCAUAGAGUUAGAUCUGGACAAUCCGCGUCAUUACAUAUCCAGUCCUGGAUUUCCGUACAAGAAUUAUCCGUCUAAUACCCAGAUAAUUUAUAAAGUUAAAUUAAAACUUAACGAUGAAGUGAAACAGCUGAGCAAUCGGAUAUUACUAACUUUCGAGAUGUUUGCUUUGCAAGGCAGCCCAUUUUGCACCAACGACGGUCUAGAAAUUGCAGAUGGGAACGGACAAGUUAGAGUAUACUGUGGUGUUCAGGUUGGUAAAACCAUCUUAUCGGACAGCUCUAGCAUUCAAAUUCGAUUCUUCUCAGAUGAUGCAAUUGAAUCUAGAGGCUACAGCAUUUUAUUGGAGAUGUAUAAUACUGGAUGUUCCAAACGGAUCAAACUUGGAGGAAGCAUUCUGUCUGGCAGCUUCUAUUCCCCAAAUCAUCCGGCCCGGUACUAUGCAGAUGAUCUUUGUGUCUGGAAAAUUGAGGUACCACCUGGAAAACGGAUACGAGUGACUUUCAGUGAGACUUUCGACAUUCGUUCUUAUGAACCUUUAUGCGUCCAAGAUUACUUGGCGGUUAGCCUAACCGGAGAUUUUAAGUCUCAUGUUAAAAGAUACUGUCAUGGUAAAAGACCUGUUGCUAUAAUAUCUUCGGGUAAUUUUCUACUUUUUAUGUUUCGUACCGAUUGCUGCUUUGAAGGCAAAGGAUUCAGUGCAUUCUACGAGAUGGUGGACGAAGGUAUACUUUAAAUUUUUGAUAAAAAG